AUGCCAUUCGUCAAGAACGUGAAGUCCGACGCCUACUUCUCGCGGUUCCAGGUCAAGUACCGCCGCCGGAGAGAGGGGAAGACUGAUUGUGCGUUUAGGAUUCUCAUAUUCUCAUCCUCUGUGCAGCAAUGCCCCCAAGUACCGCCUGGUUGUCCGCUUACGAACAAGGAGGUCAUCGUCCAGAUUGUCUACGCACGCCUGCAGGGUGACUUCGUCCUUUGCGCGGCACGAUCGAAGGAGCUGCCAAAAUAUGGCAUCAACCACGGUCUCACCAACUGGAGUGCUGCAUACGCGACUGGCCUUCUCUGCGCGCGUCGUGCUCUGACGAAGCUCGGUCUUGCCGACAAGUACGAGGGUGUGGCGGAGCCUGACGGCACUAUCUCCCUGACGGAGACUCUCGACGAGGAGGACGCCCCGAGCCGUUCGCGUGUGUUCGGUGCUCUCAAGGGCGCCAGCGACGGGGGUAUCUACAUCCCCCACAACGAGAAACGAUUCCCCGGCUAUGACGUUGAGUCGAAGGAGCUCGAUGCCGAGACUCUCAAGAAGUACAUCUUCGGCGGCCACGUUGCGGAGUACAUGGAGUCCCUUGAGGAGGAAGAUGACGAGCGCUUCAAGAAGCAGUUCGCGACGUAUCUCGCUGACGGCAUUGGAUCCGAGGACAUGGAGGAGAUUUACACGAAUGCGUACGCAGCCAUCCGUGAGGACCCUACCUUCAAGCCCUCGGAGAAGACCACCGACUGGAAGGCGGAGAGCAAGAAGCACCGCACUCCUAGGCUCACGCUCGAGCAGCGCAGGGCCAGGAUCCAGGAGAAGAUUGAGGCCUUCCAGACUGGUGCUGCCGAGGAGGACGACGAGUAG